AUGGCAUUAACGGCGACGGCGGCUCCCGCCCCUCCUCAACGUCUUCCUUUAUCUUCUUUUCCUUCUCCCUACACCAAUAAUUCCGUCGUCCAUUUCCAUUCUACGAACUCCGUUCGAGGCCGAAACAAUCAGCAGAAAUCCUCCUCUUCUUUGCCGCUAAAGCGGAUACAACCCGAGUCCCCCUCCUCCCUCACCGUCGUGCUUGAGCAGUGCACGGCGAAGGGCUCUCUCCGAGAAGGAUUACAAAUUCAUGCUCGCCUCCUUCGGCUUGGCCUCCUCGCAUGCGAUGACCCCCAGGUCUUUCAGCAUCUCCUCUUCCUCUACUCUUCCGCUGGACGCCCCGACUGCGCCGCCGCAAUCCUUUGCCUUAUUCCCUCCCAUGUCCUCACAACUUUCUCCUUUAACACCGUCAUCCGCGACCUCGCAGCUGCCUUCCCGGAGCACGCCGUUGACCUCUUCCUCGACAUGCUCGUCGCCGGCCUCCGCCCCAACGAGUUCACUUUCCCAUUCGUACUCCGCUCCUCAUCUCUCCUCGGCCUCUUCUUCCUCGGCCGGCAGCUCCACUCCCAGAUGCUCAAAUAUGGGCUUCACCCUCAAAAUGUUUUCUGCGCCACCGCGCUUCUUGAUAUGUACGCAAAGCUGGCGCCAUUAUGUGAUGCCCUCAAAUUGUUCGAUCGAAUUCCCAAUAGAAAUGAAGCAACAUGGAAUUCAAUGAUUUUGGCGCUUGUGGAAAACGAGUUGUUGGAGAGUGGAUUGAAAAUGUUGGAGAUGAUGGAAGACGAUGGAUUCCAGGUUGGUGUUUGCAGCUGGAAUUCGUUUAUUGCUGGCUGUGUUCGAUCAGGGAAUAUCGAGCUAGCUUUGGAGAUUCUUGGUGAGAUGGUCUCUACAUCAACAGUGAGUCUGAAUGCAGCUACAUUUAAUACCCUUCUUCCUGUAAUUCCUAAAAUCCCCUCUUUGAAUUGGCUCAAGGAGUUUCAUGGAUUUGCUCUGAAGAAAGUGGAGAUAACAGAGAUGACUCUAGUUGAUAAAGAUAGAUUGUGGUCAGCAUUAACAGCUAGCUAUAGCUUCCAUGGAUUAAUGGACUAUGCUUGUCGACUCUUUGAAAGUGUUAACUUGAGGAAUCCCCAUCUGUGGAUUUCCAUUAUUAACGGUUUGUUCAAAUGUAGCCGAGCACAUGAAGCAUUCGAUGUGUUCCGUAAGAUGACUGCCCUGUGUCUUCAUGACGCUCAAACACUCUCAAGAACAUCCUUGUCAUUAAUCCUUCCAGAGUGCUUCCCAAUGUCAAAAACUGGAUUAGAGGUACAUGGUUAUGCUAUUAGAAAAUGCCUAGAGUCCAGUACAUCUGUUGGCAAUGCGCUCAUGGCUAUGUAUGCUAAGAAGGGCGACAUGGAAUCAACUCUCAACAUCUUUGAGAGGCUUCUUGAGAAGGACAUAGUGUCCUGGAACACGAUGGCUGCAAGCUAUUCUGCAGCCCAUGAUUUUGACAAGGAAAUUGAGCUCUUCCAAUGCAUGCUUGCUCAAGAAAUCAAACCAGAUGAAUACUCUUUCAGCUCUGUCCUCAGUGGUUGUGGGCAUUCAACUCAUCUUCGUCAAGCAACUGCAUUGCAUGGGAGAAUGAUCAAGAGCGGCUUCUCCCAAUCCUUCAUGGUUGUUCAAAAUGCUCUCAUGGAUGCGUAUGGGAAAUGUGGAUGCACAGUAGAUGUCAGAAAAGUGUUUGAGGAAAUGGAUUUUUGUGAUAUUAUUUCAUGGAACACCAUCAUUUCCUCUUAUGGUUUCAGUGAUCGUCCUCAGGAAGCAUUGCUUCUCUUUGAAGAGAUGAAAGCAGAAGGUUUGAAGCCAAACAGAGUCACCUUCAUUGCUCUUCUAUCAGCUUGUAGUCAUGCAGGGAUGCUCAAAGAAGGUUUGGAAUUCUUCGAAACAAUGUCGAAGCAAUAUGGAAUCAUUCCUGAUGUAAGUCACUAUGCAUGUAUUGUGGACAGCAUGGGUAGAAUUGGCGAGCUUCAUAGGGCCUAUGAAUUCAUUAAAGAUAUGCCAAUUGAACCUGAUGACUGCAUCUGGAGUGCAUUGCUUAGUAGUUGCAGGAUUCAUGGUGAUCUGGAGUUAGCAGAAGUAGCAGCUCGUCAUCUUAUACAGUUGAAGCCUAAGCAUUCGGGGUAUUGGGUCCUCUUGUCGAAUAUAUAUGCUGAUGCUGCUAGGUGGGAUGACGUAGCUAAAGUAAGAGCAGCCAUGAAAGACGCUAGUGUGAAGAAGAGCCCAGGUUAUAGCUCCAUUGAAGUUGGUCAGAGUGAGGUGCACAUGUUUCUUACUGCUGAUAAAUCUCAUGGAAACAGUGAUGAUAUUUAUGUUGCUCUUGAAGGACUAACCAUGCAAUUGAAAGAUGAGGGUACUUCUCAUGGUAUCAUAGUUGUAGGCUCUCCAGCCGAUCUUGCCUCCACCAAUGCCGGACCAAGACUUCAUAUUUCCUGCUCAACCUUCCUCUUUCCUCUCCAUCUCAAUAGCCGACUUCACCAUUCCCCCUCCCCUCAAAACCUGGUUUCAACGCUUCUCUCCACUAUAUCCUCAUCAGUUUUGCCUUACAUUCUAAACCUAUCUACUGCACAAGAGAUCUGGAUCACUCUUGAACGCCGGCUGCAACCUACAAAUAGAUCCCGUGUGAUACAACUCAAGAAUGAAUUGCAUCACAUUCAGAUGCGGGACUCCAUCAUGCCUCAAUAUUUGAGUCAGAUCAAAGCCCUCCUCGACAAUAUCGCAGCCACCGGGUCUCAAAUCGACACCGAGGAUGCCAUCCUAUAUACUCUAAACAGUCUUCCCUCAACUUACAAUCCGUUCAAAUCAACCAUUUGGACAUCCCAACAGCCUAUAAGCGUAGAAGUCCUUUAUUCUCUUCUCUUUAAUGAAGAGAUAAAUCUUCAUAAUGAACUUCAGAAGGACUCCUCCCUGCAGAUUGAUCACACCGCCCUACUCUCGAAUCACAAUACAAUCACCAGAGGUCUUGGCUCAUUUCCAACAGCCUCAAGGGGUCGUGGAGCUCCCUUCAAACUAAACACCAGCAAUCCAAAUUACAACAGAGCACCAGUCAUCUCUGUCAACCACCCAACUUGCCAAAUCUACUAUAAAAUUGGUCACAUAGCUCUCAACUGUUGGCAUCACUGCAAUAUGUAG